UUCUGACGUCAGCUCCGGCCGCCAACACUGACAGCACAUUUUCGCGAUAUCCGGCGAUGGUAUGAAGUAGCUAACUACGUCUCAGUGGAUCAUAGCCCUUUAUCCAUAACAGAGAAAGUAACUAGCAUAAAACAAUGGCAGCAGUAACCGGAGAAAGCCUUCAGUCAGAGCUGGAAAUGUUCGACAUAACAUGCCAAGAUGACUCUGUCCUUGACAAAAUGGUGGAACAGUGUAUCUGUAACAGGAUACAGGCAGAUGAGAUGGUUCUGGAGUGGGUAGCCUACAGCACCACAAAAAAUGGACUAAAACUCACCAUGGACACCCUGGAGCAAUUUGAACAUGAGGUGUUGAACAAAAAAAAUAAAUCCAAACAAAGCUUCAGAAAAGAGGAGACUCACAAUAGAACCAGGGACAUCCAUUCACUACAAGACUUAAUUAAAGCAGAAGAAGAAGAGGAGAAUCUACUGGAUGCCUACUCUACUCCUGCUAAGGGCUCUCAGAAGCGGGCCCUGACCACUCCUGAACACCCACAAUCAAAAAGAACAGCAGCCCUGAUGGUGAGCCCUGGCCUGCUACUGUCACCUGCCAGCUUUUCUCCCAGUGCCACACCGUCACAGAAGUACAGUCAGCGAGGAGCCAAAGGGGAGGUGGUGGCUACUUUCGGGGCUGUGCAGGGAACCCGCUGGGUUGGCAGGAAGGCUCCAGGUGCAAAUGUCCAGGUGGAGCUGCUAGAGGGACCUGAACACUCACUCAACUGCAGCUACAAGUACAUGUUCCAGAGGCUGCGUGAUGUCCGAAAUGUGUUGACAGAGAAGAUAGAGGAGCUUGGCGAUGGCCUCAGGACUCAUUUCAACAUUGAGGAGUUCUCCCCUGUCUCUCUGCCUGCCCAGGACAGUAUUACAGUCUUGGGGCAGAUUUGCUGUGACAGCAAUGGCAAACUGAAUGCUCAGUCCAUACUGUUAGAGGCAGGACCAGAACAAGGUGGACAGCAAGUACCUGUGGACUUACAAGAGCUGAAAGAGUACUCAUUGUUUCCUGGUCAGGUUGUGGUCAUGGAGGGUAUGAACACAACAGGAAGAAAACUGAUGGCUUCCAAACUCUAUGAGGGGAUUCCGCUUCCUUUCUACACCCCUGAUGUGAAAAUGGAGACAGAUGAAGAUCCGCUGAAUGUCCUCGUAGCGUGUGGGCCGUACACUCCCUCUGACAGCCUUGCUUAUGACCCUUUACUGGACCUCAUUAGUGUCAUAAUCAGAGAUCGUCCUGAUGUCUGCCUGCUGCUUGGACCAUUUGUGGAUUCCAAACAUGAACAAAUUGAGAAAGGCCAGGUGACUGAAACGUUUGAGACCAUUUUCUCAAGAUGUAUUGAAAGCAUUGUGGAUGGCACAAAAAGUGUUGGCUGUCGUCUGGUGUUUGUGCCAUCCCAGAGAGACGUCCACCACCAUUAUAUCUACCCACAGCCCCCCUUUAUCCUGCCAAACCUUAACAAAGACCAGGCACAGCGUGUCACCCUGGUCCCUGACCCCUGCACCCUGCUGAUCGACGGUGUGACCUUUGGCCUGACGUCCACAGACAUCUUAUUCCACAUGGGGGCAGAGGAGAUCAGCUGUGGCACUGGUACAGAACGGUUCUCACGCAUACUGAAACACAUGCUCACCCAGAGGAGUUACUACCCGCUGUACCCGCCUGUGGAGGACGUGAACAUGGAUUAUGAGAAGUUUCAGGGCUAUGGACAGAUGCCACUCACCCCAGAUGUUCUGAUCAUUCCCUCUGAGCUGCGCUACUUUGUGAAGGAUGUAGUCGGCUGUGUGUGUGUUAAUCCUGCACGGCUGACUAAAGGCCGGGUGGGCGGGACCUACGGCAGACUGCUCAUUCAGCGCACUGCUGCAUCAGAUGACGGGAAGAGAGUAAGCCCAUGUUUGGCUGCACAGGUGGUUAAAAUCUAAAGUAAAUGAAAGACUUGAGUACUCAAUGUUGGCAGAAACAAGCCUGCUUAUCUAGAACAAGUUUAAAAUAUAAAGUUUAAAGGCAAACAUGCCCCAAAUAAUUCACUCUACUGUUUAAGCAACAAUAAUAGUUGUUUUUUGUUUGUUUUCUUAUGACAAACAUUUUGAGAGUGUACUUUAAUGUGGUCAGAAUAUAAACUAUUCAGAUAAAACCAUAACACAUUUUUCAAUAAAUUAUUGUGACUCUUUGUACAAACUGC